GCGCUGGAGUAAUUUACACCUUUACACAGGUGUCUGUUGAUUAGACCCAAGUCGGUCGGCGCUAUACUAACUCCGCUUUUCUUGGGAGUCCGCUCAGCAGCGACUUUUAAAGUUCACACGGAGUUUUGUGAACGAAGGUGGUGGAAUCUGAGAGUGAAGAUACGGCUCAAAGGGGAAAUAGGGUCUUUCAUCCAACAGGUGCAGCUAAUUAGCUUGAUAGAAAGAAACACCUUGAAUAAACUACACCGAUGAGCUAAUCUGGUGAGACUUGGCAAAACAUGCUUCAGGAACAUCUAAACUUGUUUUGACUUGCCUGAGCCAUGAAAUAAGUCGGUCAUGGGAUCAACUUCAGGUCCUCAUGCCAUCGGAGAAGGCCUUUACUUCAGUGACGGCCGACGGAAAGUCGACUAUGUUCUGGUCUUUCAUCAGCGACGGCACACCUCCAUACGAUCUCCUGCUAGUGCCUCCGUUUCACAAGACCGGUUAUCUAUUGUUUCUAAUGGCAACUUUCCUUCAAUGGCGGCCUCAGAUGUGGCACCUGGUGGAGGUGGUGGUGGUGGAGGCGGUGGCGGUGGCGGCAUUCCAGGAGGGGAGGGUGCAGGCGCCAGUGAGGUGUUCAUGGAGCUUGGAGGAGCAGGAGAUGGCGAGCCAAUGGAGCCCGGUGACCAUGAGAUGCGUCUAAUCAGGCAGGAGUUUGAGGCUAACCUAAUAGAGGCUGGUUUGGAGAUUGAGAGAGACAGAGAGUUAAAGAGCCAUGGCCCCAGCUUUACCAGAGUCCACGCACCAUGGCCAGUAUUAUGUCGAGAGGCCGAGUUUCUCAAGAUUAGAGUCCCCACCAAGACGAGUUAUGAGCUCAAAGAGGAAACUGGUUUCGGCUCCAGUAUGAGCACAGUGUGGAGAACGCUGACCAAGCCUUUCCAGCCUAAAGUACCACAUCAAGAUCAUGGACGCACCAAAUUUCUUUCACACUGCUUCUCCAGGGACAAGCUACACUUGUACAACAUCACAUCUAAAGACACUUUCUUUGACAAUGCUACAAGGGGCAGAAUAGUUUAUGAGAUCCUGAGACGGACGGUGUGUGCACGAACCUGUCAAACCAUAGGCAUCAGCACAUUGAUAGCUAAAGGCGUGUAUGACGCUGCCUUCCCUCUUCACGAUGGUGACUACAAGGUCAUCGGACACCUGGAGGAGAGGAACGACAGACAGGUUCUGCAUGAAGAGUGGGCUAGAUACUCAGCCUUUUACAAGUACCAACCCAUUGAUCUAGUCAGGAAGUACUUUGGCGAGAAGAUCGGCCUUUACUUUGCAUGGCUCGGCGUGUACACCCAGCUGCUUGUACCAGCUUCCAUAGUGGGUAUCAUUGUGUUUGGCUAUGGAGUGGCAACAAUGGACACUAAUAUACCAAGUCUGGAGAUGUGUGACCAGCGUCUCAAUUUCACCAUGUGUCCUCUGUGUGACCAAGCAUGUGACUUCUGGCAUCUCAGCACUGCCUGUGGAACCGCCAAAGCUUCACACCUCUUCGAUAACCCUGCUACUGUCUUCUUUGCCAUCUUCAUGUCUCUAUGGGCGGUGCUAUUUCUGGAACAGUGGAAGCGACGUCAGAUCAGUCUGAGCUUCAGCUGGGACUUGACAGGCAUUGAGGAGGACGAGGAACACCCCAGGCCAAGAUACGAGACCAUCCUGCUGCAGAAAAGACAGAAGAAGCAGAACAAUAAGAAAAAGAAGAAGAAAAAGAAUGAGCCAGCAAAGCAGGAGGACGGGACAGUGACAGGGAAGGACAGAUGGAGACAAAAACUACUGUCAGCCAUGUCUGCAGGAAUACCGUCUCCUAUAGAGAAGCUGACCUGGAAAGAUCGCCUUCCUGGAUACUUGAUCAAUGUAUCCUCUAUCCUCUUCAUGUUUGCGCUGACAUUUUCUGCAGUUUUCGGCGUCAUCAUUUACCGCAUCACAGUCUCUGCGAUCAUGGCGAUGAGCCCUGACCCGGAGAUCAGGCACAAUGUUCGGGUGACAGUCACUGCCACUGCAGUCAUCAUCAACCUCGUGGUUAUCUUGAUUCUGGAUGAAAUCUACGGUGCUGUGGCAGUGUGGUUAACUGAGCUAGAGAUUCCUAAAACAGAAACCAACUUUGAAGAACGGCUCAUCCUGAAAGCCUUCUUACUCAAGUUUAUGAACGCAUAUGCUCCCAUCUUUUACGUGGCUUUCUUCAAGGGACGGUUUGCAGGACGCCCGGGAAAUUAUGUGUAUGUGUUUAAUGAUUUUCGGAUGGAGGAGUGUGCUCCAGGAGGGUGCCUCAUUGAGUUGUGCAUUCAGCUCAGCAUCAUCAUGUUGGGGAAGCAACUAAUCCAGAACAACAUCUUUGAGAUUGGCAUCCCGAAAUUGAAGAAAUUGGUUCGUACAUUAAAGGAAAAAGAAACGACAACAAAGGUGAGGGAGGAAGAGAAGCCACCUCAGCAGUGGAACCUGGACUAUGCCCUGGCUCCCUUUGAAGGCCUCACUCCAGAAUACAUGGAGAUGAUCAUCCAGUUUGGUUUCGUCUCUCUGUUCGUGGCUUCUUUCCCGCUGGCUCCUCUCUUUGCUCUGCUGAACAAUAUCAUUGAGAUCAGAUUGGAUGCCAAGAAGUUUGUUACAGAGCUGCGCAGGCCAGUCGCAGCACGAGCUAAAGACAUUGGCAUUUGGUACAAUGUACUAAGCGGAAUGGGCAAGUUCUCAGUCAUUAUAAAUGCCUUUGUGAUCUCCUUUACGUCAGACUUCAUCCCUAGGCUCGUCUACGAGUACAUGUACAGUCCGACGGGCACCAUGCACGGCUUCAUUGACCACACGCUGUCCUACUUCAACGUGUCUGAUUUAAAACCUGGCACAGCACCACAGAACUCUGAGCUUGGAAACAUAACUUUAUGCCGGUAUAAAGACUACAGGGAACCCCCAUGGUCUCCAGACGCGUACCAGUUCUCCAAACAGUACUGGUGUGUCCUGGCUGCAAGGCUUGCCUUCGUCAUUCUGUUCCAGAACCUGGUGAUGUUCCUCAGCCUCGUGGUUGCCUGGGUGAUUCCUGAUGUUCCCAAAACCAUCGUGGAGCAGCUCAAAAGGGAAAAGAAGCUCCUGGUUGAUGUCUUUUUACAGGAGGAGAAGGAGAAAUUACAACUCAUCCAGAGCCUGUUUGCAAAGGAUGCCACCCUCCACCCCAGCGGCAACACGCUCCCCCCAGGGCAGGAUCUGCCGAUCCCGGGCCGCUACAGUACUUUACCAUCGGGGCCCACAGCUGGAGAUGGAGGAGGAGGGCCGAGGGCAAGAUGCAGGGCAGCCAGUUUCAGCCAGUUCAACAGGAAUAUUGCCUCCUCGCCCAUGAAGGAAAACGAGAAUUCAAAACACACAGCGGUGUGAGAUGAAACACACAUUACGGGGGUGCUUCAGCUGGUUCUAUGGAUUGUCACUCGGGUGACUGAGUCCAUGUAUGUCUUUUCUGUGUCUUUUGUGUCCCGGUAUGUGUGGCUUACCUUUUGAACAUAAAGUUUAAAUUCUCUGAUAUGUGAGUGGUUGACUCUGCAAUGUUCACAUUGAUUGACUACGUGGGUGUGAGCGUGUGUGUGUGUAUGUAUGUGUUGUUCCUACUCUCACUGACUGUUCACCUGAAAGAGUUGUCGUUUUUACUUUUUGGUCAAAAUAGUGAGGCAUACUAGCUUCAUAGCGUAGAGAAGCAAUAAUCAUCAUGUUAGGUUAAACAACUAAAUGUUGCAGGAACCUGGAAGAGACUGGAGAUGAAGAGAGGACUAUGAACUAAUGGGUAGUCUUAAUAAGCAUUUAACCAACAUGAUUAAACUGACGGACAUUGUGGCUCCUCAUUAGGGCUGUCAAUAGUUUCCUGCUUUAUGUGCUUAUGCUAUUCAUGUAUUUUUGUUUACAGAAUUUGUAGCAGUUGAAAAAUACCACAUUUUCUGUACUCUUCUCUUUAGAAUUCAGGAAUACACUUUGAACCCUUUUUUUCAUAAUUCACUAAAAUUGCCACUAAAGACUCA